GAGGUGGCUUGAUUAGCGCUGCUUGCCUGGAGGUGCUUGGGACCCUGRACCCGGGAUCCUGGCCGUAAGCCUCAGGAAGUCCGGAAAACCGCAGAUCUUAGGUUGGCUGGGGAGGGAKCAAGGACCGGGCCAGGGACGCGCAGAAUCCCAGGACCUUGCUUGGAGUGGACGCUGACAGUGCCAUCAAAAAGUCAUGCACGCAAGUGACAAGAAAAGCUGGAGAGAAGCCCAAAUGGAUUAACUGAAGCCCUAGGGAGAGACUAAAAGGUGCACUGGCUGCAUUCUGAGUCCCAGGACUGUGGGAAGUAGCCACUGGAUUACAGGCAUGUUGUGGAAGUUGCUGGUGAGAUCACAGCCUUGCAGGCUGUGUUUUUUCAGAAAGAUGCAAUCAACUCCAAAAUACAAACCCUUUCUAGCAUACUUUACAACAGACAGGCAGUCAAACAAAGAAAAUAAAAGAACAGUGGAAACGCUCUAUAAAUUUUCAGUUGACAUUAGGAAAAUUCGAAGUUUAAAAGGAUGGGUACUUCUGGAGGAUGAAACCUAUGUUGAAGAAGUUGCAAAUAUUUUACAAGAACUAGGUGCUGAUGAGGCUGUAAUAGCCAGUAUUUUGGAACGCUGCCCAGAAGCAAUUGUCUGUAGUCCAGCUGCUAUUGACACCCAGAGAAAACUCUGGCAGUUGGUCUGCAAAAACGAGGAAGAGUUAGUCAAGUUAAUAGAGCAGUUUCCAGAAUCUUUCUUUAUUGUUAAGAACCAGGAGAACCUAAAGCUCAAUGUUCAGUUCUUUCAAGAGCUGGGAUUCAAGAAUGUAGUCAUUAGUAGAUUUCUGACAACUGCAUCCAAUAUUUUUCAUAAUCCUGUUGAGAAGAAUAAGGAAAUGAUAAAGCUCCUCCAAGAGAGUUACCUAAAUGUAGGUGGCUCUGAGGCCAACAUGAAAGUCUGGCUACUAAAAUUAUUAAGCCAAAAUCCAUUUAUUUUGUUAAGGUCUCCUACAACUAUAAAGGAAACACUAGAAUUUCUCCAGAAGCAAGGCUUUACAAACUUUGAAAUUCUUCAACUUCUGUCCAAACUCAAAGGAUUUCUUUUUCAACUUUGUCCAAGAGGUAUCCAGAACAGUAUUUCCUUCUCUAAAAAUGCUUUUGAAUGCACAGAUCAUGACCUGAAGCAAUUAGUUUUGAAAUGUCCUGCUCUUUUAUAUUAUUCUGUUCCAGUUUUAGAAGAGAGAAUUCAGGGAUUAUUAAAAGAAGGAAUUUCCAUAGCUCAAAUAAGAGAGACACCAAUGGUUCUCGAAUUAACGCCACAGAUAGUUCAGUACAGAAUAAGGAAACUAAAUUCUUUAGGCUACAGAAUAAAGGACGGACACCUAGCAAAUCUAAAUGGAACAAAAAAAGAGUUUGAAGCUAACUUUGGCAAAAUUCAAGCCAAAAAAGAGAGGCCAUUAUUUAACCCUGUGGCACCAUUAAAUGUUGAAGAAUGACUUACUGAUGUUACUUCUUCUUAACAAUAAAGAUGAAACAGAUUCUCAGAUACUUAAGCAAUUCAGGCAGUUAAUAGGCACCAGUAAUUUUAAGGACCUAGUUUCUGAGGUGUUAUCUCUGAAUAGAUGAUCUGUGACUCAUUUGCAUAUUUUAAAAUACAGACUGGUUGUGGUGCACAUCCCUAUAAUCCCAGAGAUUCAGGUAGCUAAAGCAGGAGGGCCCCAAAUUUAAGGUCAGCAACAUAGGUCCUAAGCAACUCAAUGGGACCCUGUCUCAAAAAAUAAAGAUGGCUGGGGAUGUAGCCUAGUUGUAAAAGCCCUCUGGGCUCAAUCCCUAGUACAAAAAAAACCCCAAAAUACAAACUGCACUUUUUACAAAGUUGGUAAUUCAUUUUCCUUGAACUAUUAUUCCAAAAACUCUUGUACUAUUCAAUGGCACAUCAGUGUGAUAAUUUAUAAGUGAAUCAUUUCUAAAAAAUUGACAAGUACACUCCCUUAAUUCAAAAUAUGGGAACAUUUACUCAUGUUUUAUUGAAGAUGUAGAUAGUCUUCCUUAUUACCAGCCCUGAAACAUCACUUUGCUUUUACGUGAAUUGUAGCUUAGUGUUAGUGAAGCAUUAGCAAGCUUCUGACAUUUUUUUUUUUUUUUUGAGAACUUGUGUUUGGAAUAAAUACUUUUAAGAACCAAGUAUUACUAAUCCAAUAGUACAGAAGCCUACCUUUGUGGCCUUUUUGAAACCAAUCAACCAUUAUCUCUCAUGAAGCACUUAUGUGCAUUCAGUAUUUUCCUCAUUUUACAGAGGAGGAAACAAACUUAGAGAUGUUACUCAGCUGCCAAGUAGGAGAGCCCAGAUUUAUUCAGAUCUGGCUUCUGUUCAAACCUUAUGAAUAGAAAGGAUCUCAUUCUAAGUGUGAAGGGGAACACUUGCAUAGUUUUGUCCUGGCAUUAAUCAGUAAUAUGUUCUCUUUCUUGCACACUCUCUGGUGCUCACUCGAAAAUAUCUCAGUUUAGAUACACUAAUCGGUUGGUUUAGAUACAUCUAACCCGGUGAUGUCAAUUUUGAGAUGCCUAUUAAACAUUCUAGCAGAGAUGUCAAAUGUGCAAAUGACUAAGUCUGGAGUUGUCAAAACUGGGGAUAACAUUUGAGGAUCAUUUGCAUACUGUGGUAUUUAAAGCCAUGGGUCUAGAUGAGAUUGUCUUGAAUGUAGAUUUGGAAUAAGACAGCUGUGAGCAYGGGAAAAGUUGAU